CUCUCCGAUCAUUGCGGCAAAGGCUUUAAGGUCUCGAUUACGAAAGAUGCUUAAUUUGUAGGUCAAAUACAUUUGAACAUUGGUAUUUUUGGAAAAUAUGAAGAAAAAUUCUACUCUGGUUAAUAAAGUUUAUCUAGUGUGUAGUUACUAGAGAAAAAAGGAAAUGAAUGAACUUUUACAGUCGUUCAUUGAAGAUCCUUCUGCGGAGGAAAGUAAGGCCACUGCCUUUCCAGCAGCAAACAGUACGUCAGCAUUCCAGAUAUCAGCCGGGUACAUGCACGUCAUCGUGGCGAUAUACGCCAUCGUUGUUGUGCUUGUAAUCUUAAUCAUUAUAAUGAUUGUUGUACAGAGUAUUAGAAAGUCAUGGAAAAAGAAGAAAGACGGUUCUGGAUAUGGUGCUAUUCCUCGUCAUGAUAGACAAAACCGUAUUCGUCAAAGGGUAGAUGAACUCGAUCCUGAUGUUGAAAUUUUAGAUGGUAAUAAUAGGACUUACGGGCUGCCUCAAGAUGAUGAUUCUGAAUACGACAAUGUUUCUUUAAAUCUUGGAAGAGGAGAUCAUGGCGAUACUGGGGUCGACAGUCCCCCAUUGUAUGAAGAUCCACCAUCAUAUUUAUCGAUUAACCGAUAAGCUGAUGUCCAAUGAGCUCCAAAGUGUUCAUAUUAUCAGUAGUGUAACAGCUAGUCAAUCAGUUAUUGAUAAUUCUGUUGACCAGGGCUCCUUUUGAGGAAUUAUUCCCAGAUAGAAUGUUCGCUUUAUUAGAAUAAUUGCUCUCUACCAAGUCAUGAAUAUUUUUUAUCGCAUUCAAAUUUCAGAAUGAAUUAGUAAAAGUCAUCUCCUUAAAAUAUGAGACAUUUCGAUCAUCCAUAGACAUGAAAUAAAUGAACGACUACGGCAGAUAUGCAUAGGCAUGCAAAUGAUAUGGUCAAGGUAGAAAACCGAUAACAAAACUUAACUUAAACGAACCAACAUACUUUUAAGACGAUUUACUCACUUAAGAUAAAGAAUUUGAAGAACAAAUGGAUGCUUCGAACACGUGAUAAUGGAUUGAAAUGAAAGAAGUCUGAUAUUUGUAAUAAGGUAAUCAAUUAUAUUUCAUCAGAAGUUGUUUUAAUGGAUAAAUUACCAACAGAUUUGUCACCUGUUUAGUCGUGGAAUUUCAGUUUCCUCUCAGAAACGAAAGCAUUUAUCUUUAUAAGUACAAGUAUUAUAGAAGAUAUUCGGAAAGCGAACGUAGAACAAAUUGAGAAAUUCAACGAAGAAAGACAACAAUAUAACACAUUUGAUAAUUAUAACGUUUCAUUGUCAUUUCAAGAGACUUGAUUGAUAAGGCUGGAUAUUUGAAAAAAUAAAAACCUGGUGUAUUUUACUAAGGACAUUUGAUCCAAGUCAUCUGAUUAUUUGGCGAAUAAGUCACUCAGUCAAAUAAAGUGCUCAAACACUUUAUUAGAAUUUUUUGAUUCUGAAAGUUCUUUUAAAAUUUUCUGACAAUUUGUGAACCAUAAAUCAUUAUUUUGUAAAUUUUUGAUUUUUUAAUGUACAUAGGGUUUUGCUUUGUUUUUGUUUAUUAAUGUGUUUGUAUGAACAGAGAAUAUAACAUUCUUAUGAAGCUUAUUAUUUUCUUAUGAAGCAUAUAAUGUUCCAA